AUGAAUACUAAUAACACGGCGGCAAAUGAACAACAAAAUGCUUCUGUUGAAACAUUUUCUUCCGCGGCAAUUUUUAAUGGUGCUUUAGCGAUUAGUAUGUUUAUUGCUUUUGAAUUAGUAAGAAAAAGAAAUAAAAAAAUUUACGAGCCAAGAACUUAUUUAUUACCUGAAAGUAAACGUACGCCGGCUGCAUCAAGUGGGUUUCUUAGAUGGAUAGUUUCGACAAAUUCGCUAACUGACGAUCAAAUAAUACGACGGAUUGGAUUGGAUUCUUACAUGUUUAUAAGAUUUCAACGUCUUUUCAUGAUAGUAUUUGCUAUUUUCUCUGUUCUUGGGAUAGCUGUAAUUUUACCAAUCAACUAUUUCAACUAUCACGAGCAAAGUUCUCCUGGUGUCUUAGAAAAAUUUACCAUUGGAAAUAUAGGUAAUGAGAAUUCCAAUAAGUUAUGGGCCCACGCUCUAAUGUCUUAUGUGUUCACUGGUAUUGUGGUGUACAUGUCACACCGUGAAUUAAAUCAUUAUAUACGACUAAGACAUGAAUUUCUAUCGUCCCCUGGGCAUAGAACAUCACCUAAAGCUACCACAAUAUUAGUAACGGGAAUUCCCAACGAACUAAAUAAUGAGAAAUCACUAAGAUCACUUUUUGGGAUUUUUCCUGGUGGCGUUAAAAAUAUUUGGAUAAAUAGAGACCCUGGCAAACUUAUUAAAAAAACAAAUGAAAGAAAAAAGCUUGUAACAAAAUAUGAAGGAGCGGCAACUCAAUUAAUAAUCAAUCAUUCUAAACAACACGAAAAAAAAACUGAUAACACCAAUGAUGAUAACACCAAUGGUGAUAACACUAAUGAUGAUAACACUGAGAAAAUACGACCUGUGCACCGCAAGAUACCGGUUGUUGGCAAGAAGGUUGAUUCGUUGACUACGUAUCAUACGAAAUUAUUGGAUUUGAAUCAGAGUAUAAAUGAUUUGCAAAAAAAUCCAGUAACUUUCAAAAAAUUGAAUUCGGCAUUUAUACAAUUCAACAAUUAUAUCGGCGCUCAAUUGGCUGCUACUUCAAUACGGCCUAAAAAUUUGAAUGAUAUUGCAGCAAAAGAUGUUAUUUGGGAUAAUUUGAAUUAUACCAAGAAACAACUAAUGAUCAAAAAAAUUGUUAGCAUCUUAGCUGCAUCUGCCUUAGCAUUACUUUGGUUUUUACCUGUUACAUUUUUGGCAUUGAUAAGUAAAUACGAAAAUCUUACAAAAAUUCUUCCAUUUUUAAAGUCUGGAGUAUUACCACAAUCAAUUACUGGACCAAUUCAGGGUAUUAUACCGCCUGUAGGCUUAGCAAUAUUAAUGACAAUUUUGCCUGUAAUUCUAAGAAUCUUAUCAAAAUUUGAGGGAAUAGUGACACAUUCCAGAGUGGAAAUAAGUGUACAACGAAAAUAUUUUUUCUUUUUAGUAGUGAAUGUAUUGCUGGUGACAGCAUUGGCAAAUGGGGUAUUAUCAGCGUUACCCCUCAUUUUAAAUGUAGGGGAUACGGUCAACGUUUUGGCCGCAAAGUUACCAGCAGUUUCCACUUUCUUCCUAACCUAUGUAUUUUUGUCAUUAUCGGGUUCAGCAAUGGAAUUAUUACAAAUUGUUCCAUUGAUAGUCUAUUUGAUAUCUAAAAGAUUUCUGGCAAAAACUCCAAGAAACAUUUAUCAUUUGGAAAAAGAUAUGAAGUAUGUCGAAUGGGGUACUAGGUUUCCUACACAUGUUUUAAUGGCUUCGAUAGGAAUUGUAUAUUCGACAAUUCAACCAUUGAUACUUCCGUUGGUUUUUCUACAUUUCACAUUCUAUCAUUUCGCUUACAAAUACAACUUUUUAUAUGUUUACAAACAACCAAACAAGUCAGGCGGAUUAUUAUUUCCACCAAGUAUUUAUCAAGUAUUCGUCGGCCUUUACAUUUCUCAAUUGACGAUGAUAGGACUAAUGUCAUUGACAACAGCCUUUUACCCUGUUAUUCUUAUGAUUAUUCUAUUCAUCAUUACCAUUGCUGCAUUAUUUUGGAUGAAACAAAUAUUUAAUGUUAAUCCAAGAGCUGAAUUUUUGCCGGCUGAUUUUAAGGGAACCGUUGAUGUAAACACAGGAAAAUUAAUAAUCAACCAAACCGUUAAUGAAAGUGGAAGUGGAUUUGGAGGAACGCAUGCGCCGAUUGGGACAAAAGAACUAUCAACAGAUAAUGGUGAGGACGAUGAAGAUGAUUAUUGUAAUCAAGAUUUUGAUGGUUUGGAUGUUGUUAAUUUGGAUGUUGGUGGCAAAAUAUCAACGAUUUAUCUGCAUCCGGCUAUAAAAUCAAUACAACCUGCUAUAUGGUUACCGAAAGAUGAUAAUGGCACAUCAGAUAAAGAGGUUUCUGAUUGUUUGAAUGAUGGAAUUGACGCGACGAAUCAAGGAGCAAGUAUAAACGAUAAACACAAAGUUGUCGUAAAUGACUUCAGCCGAAUACCUAGAGGAUCACAAGUUGACACCGAUGGUUCUGUUGCCAAUAAUAUUGCAUUAGUUUUAUAA